CUUGCCAAGGGAAAGAGUAAGUUUUCUUCUUGUUCGAUGAGGAGAGCUAGCGCCCAGGCGCUGUACAGCAAUCGCACGGCGCGCGCGCUCCAUAAUCUCCCCUCCAGGCGCCGGUCGUCCCGCCUCAAUCGCCAAGCCUUUGUCAUUGCUCUCGUCGCGCUCUUCGUCCUGUGCUCGAUCGGCCUCGUAAUCUGCUGGAGCUUCGUCUUCCCCGACGACGCGACGCGGAUUUCUGGUAGCAAAUCGGGGCCCCGGGUGUCAAGGAUCGCGUUUGGAUCGUCUUCUUCUCACGAUUACAGCGCUCAGCCGGCCUGGGUCCAUGGGAUCAUUCCAAGCGAUCCUCACGCAUGGAUAUGGCUCGGUAAUAUGGCUUACUUGGAUGAAGCUCGAGUGAACUGCGAUGCUUCUCCAAAUCACUACCAGUGCAACUGCUCGGCAGAUUGGCUGAGACAGCCUCCACAUUUUUGUAUGACAGGUGACUUGGAGCAUGCCGCCAGCAAGAUGCAAAUUCAGCUUGCCAAUCCAGACUAUGCGCAGUUUCUCGCGUUCAUGUGUCCUGGACAUCGAGAAAAAGGCUUGUUUCCUCCUCCCGGUGCUGAUCCAGCAGUGUGCCCGAAAAGGAUUUUUGGAACAUAUAGUGACCACGACUAUGGAUGGAGGCAUGGAAAUAAGCGGCUGCCUCAAAAGGAUGCCUUGAAACAAGUUUUCUUAGAUGCUCUUGGGGAAAGUCUUGACAGCCCUCGGAGGAAUGGUGGUCGUGGAAUAGAAUGGAAGUACACGCUGAAUCAAGAAAGUAAAGGCUAUGAGAUUGAUGUCAUCCUUUUAGACACUCGAUACUAUCGUGAUCCGCUACCAUGCCACACUAAAAGAGCAUUUUGCAAGGACAUUACAAGGACAAAAACUUCUCCUGAGCAUCGUGCAUGGUGUGAGGAUUUUCUCGGAGGAGAGACUGGGAUGGGGAGUUGCUGUGGCAAGGAUAGUCUGUUCUUGAAUGAAUCAGAGCUGCCUAAGUUAUUGUCAAACUCUAACUUCUGCGACGUUCUUGGAAACCAUCAAAGAAAUUGGCUGGAAACCACUUUGCUGCAGUCAAAUUCACCUGUAAAGCUAAUAGUGUCAAGUUCAUCUGUUCUAGCAGCUGAUGACGAGGUAAGACUGGAGUCGAGAUGGAAUGUCAGGCCAGGUAAAGCUAGAAUCGGCCUUUCCGCUUGCAACUUGCUAUGCGUGAAGCUUGCCGACGACCUAGCGGACCCUUUUGUCCCUCCAGUUCUAGCAGAAGCAUACAAUGUUAUAGUGAAGCUGACGGAGAGAAUGCUUUACGGGAACAUGCUCAGCAUCACGGUCUUAACUGAAAGAUCUGUCUCGGCGGAGUUAGUCCUAUGGCUGGGGGAAGGAUCUGUGCCCGGAGUUGAUCCUGGCAAUGGGAAUGCAGGCGGAAAUGAACAAGCUGGACUGAGGGUCGUCCUGGAUGACUAUUCUGUUUCCAACGAAGCAAACCGAGUUGUCCAAAGCUAA